GACAGAUAAUUUUUUUCUCCUAUCAUUAAGCAGGGAUUCCAUCUAGUCAUCAAAAACAGAGGGAGCAACCACAAGGUCUGCACUUUUUAUUGGUAACAAAAGUACUUUAUCAUAGAUACAUGUGUCUUAUUCCUCUCUUUGGUUUUUCGUUUUUUGUUAUUUAUUUUUGGUUUGUACAUAGUCCAUGCUUGGCUUGGUGGAAUUCAGAAUGCAAAACGAAAGCACAUUGAUGCACCUAAACUGGCAGAAAAAUUGGUAAAGAAUGAAAGGGACUGGAUUGACUACACAGAUUAUAAACUUCAAGAUUGUGCGCCCUGUUAUUGGCUCUCAUUGACAAAGACACACAGAGACCGAGACGGAGACAGAGGUAACACAGACACCGAGAAAGAUAUUUAAUAGAAUGAAAAACCCACUUAUUGAUGCAACAAAGUAUGGCAUCUAUGAGUUGGUAAUCCAAAUCCUUGAUGAAUUCCCUUACGCUGCGUAUGGCUAUGAUGAGAAUGGAAAGAACAUGCUCCACAUAGCAGUGGAGCAGAAAGAUAGAAAUCUAUAUAACUGCUUCAUGGAGAAUAUUAUUUCUAAAAACGCUAUGCUGGCAGAUGUUGAUAAUGAAGGCAACACUAUAUUGCAUCUUGCAGCCAGCCUCGGAACUACUCCUAGAGUUCUUCUUGGAUGUUUAAACCAGAUGACAUGGGACAUAUGUUGGUUUACGCGUGUAUUGUAUGAACACGAGUUCCUUGAACAUUUCCUAGAUCAUGAAAACAUUGAUGGGAAGACUGCGAGAGAUCUAUUUAAAGAAAAUCACUCAAACCUAAAAGAACAAUCUGAGAAAGCACUCAAAGAUAUGAACAAUAGUCUAAUGGUGGUUUCUGUUCUCAUUGGCACCGUCAACUACACAGCACUUUUUACUAUCCCUGGAGCUUUCGAUGGAACAACAGGUCUUCCAGUUCUUAGAUACACAAAUGAAGAUGAGCUCACCAUCUUCAAUUCGUACGUUACUUUGACUCUGAUUUGUUCUCUAUUCGCUUUGAUAAUGAUGCUUUCAAUUCAAUUGUCAAGGUUUCGUAGCAGUGAUUUCUACAUGGCUUUGCCAAUGAGAUUUUUUUUUUGCUAUGCUUACCUUGUUCAUAUCCUUAAUCGCAACCGUCCUGGCAUGCUCCCAAGCCUGUGUUCUUGAAGCGAUGAACCAUGUCCAAGUCUUUACUUGGUUGACACUGUUAUCAUCCGGUGUUGUGUUGGGCCUAAUUUUGGUCGACACAGUUUACCUGACCGUGACUUACUUAUGUUUUGCCGUACAUUGUUCACUUUACUAUAAAGGGCAAGAAUCGUUAGAUCUCAUUUUUUAAUGUUUGAUUUUAUCCAUCCAAUAGUUUAUUAUGUAAGUGUGGCUAUCUUUGUAAGUAAAUUGAUUUGUACUGAACGAUGACCAUUGAACAAGGGCUCUUCAAUUG